UUUUAUAAAGGUUUAUGAAGCUGAAUAACUUGAAUAUCAGAAUAAAAUGGAAAACCUUGAUCCUGUUCUAUUCCGUAUACUGGAAACUGAGGAAAACUCUAGGCACCUAGUAGCUCUCAGAGAUCUUGAGGCCGGAGAACUUAUCUUUAGUGAACAUCCUGUAGCUGUCGGACCCGGAGAUUCUCAGGGUUCAUGUAUAGUUUGCUCUAGAGAUACUCAAGCUGUUUGCUCCAGAUGUUGGUGGACAUUGUGUCAACGAUGUGUACACUCAGAUAUUCAUCAGGAGGAAUGUCGUCUUCUUUCCUCGUGUACAGUGAAGGGCCCGGAGCUUGGUUUACCUACACGUCAUGUUCUUUCCCUCAGAUGUAUUCUUCUUAAGAAGAACCUGAGGAUAUGGGAGAAACUUCAAGGAUUAUGUGAUCAUGGUUUACAGAGUUUAGAUCUUUCUCCGGAUAUUCUAAACCAGGAUCCAGGACUUAGGGAUCUAGUUUCAUUUAUCAGGGAUGAUUGUGGAUUGAACUACUCUAUUGAAGAUAUCUCCUCAGUGUAUCUGGCAGCGACAAGCUCUUGUAUUAUUGCUAGAUCAGAAGGUAUAAGUUUACACGGUGUUUACCUGCAGGGUGGACUGCUCACACAUUCAUGUAUACAGAAUACAAGAAUCAUCAUAAAGGGAGAUCAACCCAAGAUGUUUGUUUAUGCAUCUGUUCCUAUAAAGAAAGGAGAAAAGAUUACAUAUUGUCGUCUUCCAGAAGUGGUUCCUAUUGGAACUCUGGAGAGAAGACGACUUCUUAGAGAAUCAUUCUUAGAUUGUCAUUGUAAAAGGUGUUGUGAUCCAACCGAGUGCAGUUCUUAUACUAGUAGCAUUUACUGUCAAAGAUGUGAGGGGGUGUGUAUCCCCUUGAACCCCCUGAACCAGGAUUGUACCUGGAAAUGUUUAUCCUGUCAGGAAACUGUGGACGGCAGAUUUGUAAGCACUCUCCUCCUGAGUAUACGAGAAGACAUCAAAACAUUCCAGGGCUCCAGGUCUCAGCGCUACCGAACUUUUAGAGAGCAGAAUAAAAGAAUACUACAUCCUAACCACUACCUUCACACGGCAGAACGAGCUAAAUUCUUUCUACAAUUCUCAGUGGAAGAGUCAGUUGAGGAUACUUUACUGAAGAUAUCUGCCGGGAAGGAUAUGCUAGAGCUUGUUGAUGUCCUAGAUCCUGGUUUAUCUAUAUUCAGAGAAUCACUUCUGGUUAAUCUUGGAACAAACUUACAGCUUCUUCUAUCAGAUGAAAUAGUUCGAAGACAGAGUAGCGAUACAAACACUGAAAAUCUGGCAGAUACACAGGUGUAUGCAGGAUUUAGAGAUGCCCUAUUUUGCUUUAAAGAAGCCAGGAAGGCAGCAGAGUUGGAAGGAUGUAAAAGUGCAAUGACAAGUAUUGAUGAGAAUAUCUCAAUUCUUGAAGAAAUGCGUCAAUAUUUCGAAAGUAUCACUCAUUGACGCAAGAUGAAGAUCAAGAAUACUAAAUAUGAGACUUCAAGUGCAACCAUACAGUGCAAAGAGAGUAUAUAUCAGUACAGUGCAAAAAGCUGUAGCUGUAAAAUUGGAGAUUUCGCUAGCAUACUAUAUGAAUUUCACAAGAAUUAAUAUGAAUUUUAAUGUUAGCUUUAAACUCUUCAAAUUAACAGGUUACUAAUUAACAGGUUUUCUGCCUUGUAAUUAAAAAAAGGCUACGGGGAUAAAAAAUGGAAAAAAUGACACUAAAUAAUUUACGUUCAGUCUCCCCUAAGGUUUCAUAUAUUGUGGGUAUCCCUAUAUUUAGAUGUUCUCUCAAAAUAUUAGCUCCUUAAUCUUUGACCUUAAAAAAUGUUAACACUUACAGUAAUUUAUGUGCAGACUGUACUCGAGUUUUUUUUUUAUUUGUUUGUAUAUUUAUAGUUUUUUAACCUUCUAAUGUAACAAAUAUCCGAGAUAUUCAGGUCAUUAAAGUGGAAUUUAAUAAA